AUGCAAAUCGGGAAACUCAGGGAAGUUUUUCUUUUGGCCUUGUCUACGAAAGAAUACCAAGAGGUAUUCAAAACGUAUUAACACAAAUCAAUGGCACCAAUAAAAGCAAGAUCUCCUUAGCAACAUAAUCUUGAUUGCAAAGGGAGAACUGAGAGCAUUUAGCAGAACAGUGGUCCGCAUGGAAUACGCAUUUGUCUGGAAGAAUGCAGCACAAAGCCUAAAAGAGGGAUGCUGAAAAAAUCCAAAAUUAACUCACACUGAACAGUUACUCUUUUUUUUCAGAUGUGAACAAUUGGCUACAUUAAAUCUAUCAUGGGCUUUUCUGCUCAGCAACAUUGUAUCAUACCUCUUUGCAAAGUGAAAUUACAACACCCUGCAUGCUUCAGAGUAGCUCCGGGGUGUUUUUUUAAUUAUACAUAAAAAGAGGCUGUUAGGGAUUUUUUUUUAAAAAAAAAGAAAGUAACUAAAAGGACUCCUAAGGGGGAAAGCAUCACACAAAGAUAGAGUAUGUUGUUUAAAUUUAAGAUCUUUGCUUAUAGCGCUGGGCAACAUUUGGGUAUUGUACAAUAUGGUCCAGGGUUAUUACUGAGGAUGUAAUAAAAAAGCAUGUGUUUAAAAAUAGUACUGAACACACUAGGAAGUAUUCACAGAUAUAAUAUUAACUGGAGGUUUUGCUGCUAACGUUGUAUUCUCUAUAUGUAGCUGGAGCUUACUUUGAGGAUACAAUACUUCUGACAAUCUCCUACACAAGUGAAAAGACAGAAACUGACAUACUCUGAAGCCCCUUUACAAGUGAGAAAUAUGGGGGGGAAACAUUUUAAAAUUAAAUGGGGGAAAUAAAUCUUUAUAGAGCAUUGCUGUUAAACAGAAUUUUGCAAAAUGUCUGAUCAUUCCUGAUUUCUGACUUAGUGAAUUCAAACUUUGUUAGACAAAAACACUUUAGGAUUUUUAAGAGCAGCCCAACUUGUAGAAACGAGUUAAAAGAUUUUCAGCAACAUCCAUUCUCUCUCCUUUGCAAAGGGAUUUCAUAAAAUGUAGACCAUUCCAGGCUCAAAACUUCCAGAGAGAUUUUUGAGCAUCUUUUGAAAAAUGUAUUUGAAGAAUAGGAAGCCAAGCUCAUCAAUGAGCAUUAAACCUGCUUGUUUAAAGAGAGUCCAGUGUUAAUUGUGCCACCAAGUUUGAAUUUCCUUUGCUUUUUUAGGCAUUUGUUACUAGCAAUGUUUUCAAAGUAAGUUUUUUCUUUUCUAUCUAAGAGACAGUUAGCUGAAAUUUUAACCACGCUCACUAGGAAACAAGUCUCACAAAACUGGGAUUUACUUCUAAGUAAACUUUUUAAGGAUUGGGAUAAUUAAAAACAUUCUGGUGAAAUGAAGCAAAAUGAUUGUGCAUACCACAAAUAAAUGAAAAAGAAUGCACCAUAUUGAGGUUAGAAAAGAAAACAAGUCUUGAUAAGAUAGCUUCACAAUUUUAUUAGUUUGUAACAUACAAUUUAGGAAAUUCUCUAGCGAGACUUCCAAGUGGAAUACAUUCUAAAUUUGGGUCAGGUCAGGAAAAAAAAUGGUUGAUAUUUAGAAAAAAAAUUGUGGAAUUUGGCUAAGUGGAUUAACUUAAAGCAACCAUAACAAAUGUGGUUAAAUAAGCACAUAUAUAUUUUAAAACCCAUCCAUCUUUCCUGUCUACCUAUGCACUUCAUACCCAAAUUGUAGCAUCUAACUGCAGAUUUUGGAUUUGAUGCACUUUUUAUGAAAAAAAAAUGACACUUUUAUUAAAUGGAUCUCUAGCUUGGUCUUUUAACUAUGUUUUCAUAUGCUGGCAAACUGAAAGAUUAUGAUUAAGACAAUGUCAUUUCAUAUCUAUUUUCUGAUAUACUACGUGAGAUUAACAGGAUUUCCAAAGAUACAGUCAAAUGCAUCCUAUGUGUCAGUCAUGUAGAAGAAUCAACUGAGCUACACACAAUGACAACAAUCUAGAAGGCCGAAAGUCCACAGGGCUCCCAUUGGCUGGGUAUGAAAAGGCUAAAAACCAUGGCCAGGAUCCAGAAAAACUACUUAAAGCACGCCCAAGGGCUUCGGCAUGCUCAUUGCAGAUAUUUUCUUUUUAAAGAAGUUCGCUUUGAACAGCAGAUUACCAUGCUAUAUGACAAGCAGGUUUCAAAACUUCCUCUGUUUCAAAAAUGGUUUGCCAUCUAUGGGUUACAGCAGGGAGAGAAGCUGCUGUUUGGGAAACACUUUGGAUGCAUGGAAAUAGUCACAGAGUCAUUUGGAUCAUUACCGCAAAGAAACCGGGUGCUCUUUGCAAUACUAUAUAUAUAUUUGUAUAUUCUGUAUUACAGCCAACAGGUGCUAUCUAGAGAAAUGUAGGAAUGCAGGAGUAAUUAACAGCUAAACCUUUGCUUGUUUACUCAGAAGUAAGUGUACACUGGAUUGCAGUCUACAAUUCCAUGGGGUUUACUUCUGAACAAACAAUGUGACUGGGCUGUUGGCGUUCUCUCUUUAGCUUACUUCCAAUAUUAGUCUGUUGAGAAGGAUAUCUAACAUUACAGACCCAUUUUGCAGUAGGGUAUACUGGGAAAAUAUCGAACAUUCUAAUUAAUCCUUGCUAUCAAUGUUUGUAGCUUCUCACCUUUGGAUGGUAUACAUGACUAUACAAGCUCCUAGCAGCCUUGUAACUAACUUUUGCCUUUCAUUAGCAGCUCAUUACAAGACUCUUGGUUGUUUCAGCUCAUCCAACUUUAGUGAGGCGAAUGCCAGCGGAAACUGGUGUCAGUGGAGGAACGAUAUGCAGUGUUGAAAGAUCUCCUUGUGUGUGUAGAAUGGGAAAGGAGCAGAUUGGGAAGGCAAAAUUGGGUAUGCAUAAUGGAAAAGCUUUCCAUGCUGACACAGGAAGGUUCAUCUCCUUUCUGGAUGCAGGUUAUCUGAGGGCUUGCUAUGCAAGGUGACUUGAGUCUGCGAAUGGGAACAGUCUCCUUGGGAUUUUCUUAUCAAUAUAUUGAAAUCCACUGCAGGAGCCGGGAAUUCGUGAAGCAAAUUCCCCUGAUUCAGUUCACACCAGUGAGGGCUGUCAGCAGAAGAGCUCACUGUAUGAUGGCUUCAAUUUGUACGGUAAGUUGCACUGAGAGAAAUAGCUAGGAGAUAAAAUAUUCGCUAUGGGAAUGCUGGUCUGUAUGACAAAUGUAACAUCUAGACCUAUGUAACAUCUAGACUUGCUGUCUUUAGGACUGAAGGAAAGGACUAGAAAUAAUUGGCCCUAUAUCAAACCUGUCACUCCAUGCUAAAUAUUAGCUGCUCACAAUACCACUGCAAUAUCUCUGCCAAACUACCAAAAUGACAUGCUUUGUCGCAUUGUCCUAUUGGUAUAACCUACUCUAAAUUGCCCUGUGUUAGUUUUCCAAAAACCUUGAGUGUCAAGCCAGAAGUCACACACUGAAAAACAUGCAUUUCACUGAAACAUACAUAGUGCAUGAUGUUUAGCUAUGUUAACAAAGCAGAAAUUAAAUUUUCAACAAAAAAACUACAAUUCAAUCAAAACAGGCAGCUUAUUUAAAUACAAACCCAUAUUCAACUUUCUAAAGAUGAUACUGUACAAUACGUUUGUUUUGUUUUGUGUUAAGAAGUUUUAUAUAGGCUGCUAGACUGAGAUUUUAAUUUUCAGGAAAAUGGUACAGUUGGAGCAUGUUUAUUUCUAAAUUUAAUGCUAGCAGUUACAGCUGGCUGACAUGAAACCGAAACUGUGAAAAAUGCAGUGCACAGAAACAUUAAGGAAACACUUUGUUAUUCCCUCUACUGAAGGUAAGUUACAUUCUCUAACCAUACUAGCACAUUUUCACUGAAUAUUUCAAUUGGGCCAUUCAUCUGACAGGAAUAAUUGGCACAAAACAAAGAACAAUUGAAAUGUAAUAUGCAAUUUAUAGUUGCCCAUGUGCUUAUACUGCACUCAAAUCAUUUUUUUAACUGAAGUGUUAUGUUAUAGAAUAAUUGACCAAAUUUCUAAUGCAUAGCCUUUGGACAGAAUCAUAGGUAACUACUGAAUGUGCUGAAGAACCAAAAUAUAGGGAGGAAUUCAAACUCCUGCUUACCUAAGUAGAAGUAAUACAUUUUGAUGCAACUUUCAUCUUUCAGUGCUACAUAUACAGAAGGAAAAAGGUUAUUUGAACUGGCAGAGAGCUGUUAAUUCUUACUUAAUCCUUACAAGAGGGUUCUUUCAUUUUGUUUUUUUGCUGUCAAAAGGUUUACAGUGCAAUUCUACGCCAGUUACUCAGAGAAGCAUGUCUUCUUGAGUUGAAUGGGACUUGUGUAGCCUUAAGCUCUCCUGGUAACUGUGAAAUGAAUAAUAGGGCACAUGUUCUUAAAGCCUGUACUACGAAAAUGCUUGCUUUACUGGAGGGCAGGGGAACAAGUCAGACAUAUAGUAACCUAUCAGGGAUUUGAUAUAUCAAUUUUUGCUACCUGCCCGUAAAAGCAGGAAGUCUGUGAGGCACCUGAUGGGCUGUUUUCAGUUUCCUGCGUCAUCCACAGUUCUGAACCAAACACACUUCAGAUGAAGAUGGGGCAACUUGUAAUGUGACAUCAUGCAGCACAUAAAAACUGUGACAAAGCUGGGGGGAAAUGCCCAUGUUUGAAUACUUAUGGGCAUGUACCCAGCUGCUCCUUUAAAAUGAACAAAAGGUAUCAGCCACCUUAGAUGACAUCCCACAACACUCUCACUUGAAUAAAUCUGAACAUGCCUCUGAAAUAUCUUUACAUGGAAUUGAGGGGAAAUAAUUGGGAUUUUUUUAUUUGCCUCCGUGUUUGUGUCUUUGUAGCGUUUUUCACUAUCAUGUUUUCAAAUAUAUUGCUACCACUACAUGGGAUAAAAAAUGGUUGAUUUUUUAAAAAGUCAGCCAUAUAGUACCCCCCAUUAGCAGCUACAUAUCAAAAUAUGCAUACUGGAAGAAUUCAGCUACUACUCAUUUUUGUGCUUGUAAAUGCUGGAGGGUCCAACUUCCCCUCCCCACCCACGCUUCAAAAAGCCAAGCAGAUAAAAACAACAACAUGGUAAGUGAAAUGCAUACAAAACAAGAAAUAACAAGCAGCAAUCCAUAUCAUUCAAACACUGCCAAAUUAGCAGUUACAGAAGAAGCCAAGAGGGUGGUCAAAUGUGGAUUUAGAGCAGGUUGAAGCAAUCUCCUCCUGCUGACUCAUGCAAGUAACGCUUAUCCACAGGGUUGGAUUGCCUGAGUUGCAUAGCAUGAGAUGUCUUCCAUGAGAUCUGUGACCAGGAAAGUUGCAUGUGAUUUACGUUCACAAUUCCUCUCCUCCGUGAUGACAUGCAAGACCCCUCAUUUCAGGUUCUGCUGCUCGCACAAGGAGACCACCGGUGUGA